AUGGCACGCGCGCUGCCGGCCAAGCGAAUCACAGGCCGCGCUCGUCACAAACAGGGCCGUAAGGACGGGCAGAAAAACAGAGCGAGCCCGACCGCCCACCCAGCCAGCCUGCAGCCCGGCCAGCGUGCUGCUCUCGCCCAGGAACCGCUCGCUCGCCAGGCCUGUUGUCCGUCACCUGCUCCUCCUCCGCCGCCAGAACACCCCCCAGCAACAUCGCCCAGACACGCAGAUCGACUGUCUGCUCUGGUGAUCCUGCUUGUCCUGAACCCCUCCAUAUCCAUCUCUGGCGUCCUGUAUUUCGCACUUUGCUCUGCGGCUCUCCCCUUGGUCGCUCCGCCUGCGGGAGCUCCCUCGACUUGCGAUCUCCAAUGCUCCCCGUUCUUCUGCGACCUGACGCUGUCGUGCUGCCGACCCCGUGAACUCCCUCCACCGUUGGCGUCGCACAUCGAAGCCCUCCUCGCUGAUACAAUCCCAUAUCGCUGGCGGUGCUUGUGUCGCCUGCUUGCUGUUCUCUCAGCCCUCGUGCCGGCGGGGGGAUGCUGGUGGUGUGAUCGUCCCUCUCAGGAUCCGUCGCGAAGGAGAGAGGUGCCGGUCAAAUCAGCCAUCACCCACGGCGCAUUGCGGAACGUGAGAAGCGACCAUACUCGAGUUCGGAUGGAGGCUACCGAGAGCAACGAGUCAGCCCCAGCCGGGCCUGCCGCGACGGUUGACUCGGCUGUCUCCAAUGGCGAGUCGAAUAUUCUCCUUGAUAACGCUUUGGGCGACGAUGGCCGUUCCAGCAGCCUGAGCGAAAUUGAUGACGUCUCAGACCAUGAGCUGUCCGAUGACGAGUCUCUGAAGCCGGAAAGAGGACCGGCGGAGAUCGACUCGGAGGCCGAGACGGAACGGAUCGAGGAUUCCCCCCACAACGAUCGCACCAGUAUCGUCGUGACUGCGAGGCGUUUUGAAGCCAGUCCCAGCAAACUCGCUCAGUCGACCACGUAUGAUGACAUUGAGGAUGAAGAAGAACAUGACGUGGACGAGACCCCCAGCAAGGCGCGACGGUCCUCCAAGAAUAAUGGUUUGGCGGAAGAGGCAGAUGAACCGCUUGCGCCCGAAGAUUCUGAAAAGUUACCGUCGCCGCCAGAUGUUGCAGGCAAGAAGCGCAAACGUCUGCCGUCUGGGGAUGACCUCGGAACGGAGCCAGGUGAUGGGGAGCCCUUGCGGAAACGCAGAGGUUCAGUCAAGAGCGACAUUGGCGAAGAAGUCCCAGCGGAGGUCCCUCUGUCGCGUGAGGCAACAGAAGACGUGACAAAACUCACUGAGACAUCCCACAAUGGGACACCUGCAGAUGACACACAAGACCUAUAUGUACCAGCUGCCCCAACACGAGCCAAGAAAGGCAAGAAGGGCAAGCGAAAAGGGAAGAAGGUCAAGGAAGUGGAUGAGGAAACAGAGAAUGGGGGUGCAGUUGAUGCGGGAACUGAAGGCGCCGCAGAGGACCAGCUCCACGACGAUGAGGACGCAGGUGAGGUGGCAGAGGAAGGUGAAGACGCCGAUGCUGCCGCCAAGUCUGAAGAAGAGUUGGCCAAGAAGAUCGCUGCCAUGGAGGCGCUGGCUGUCCUAGAAAAGGAAUUUGCAACCUUGCGUGACAACAUGCAGUUGCUUACUCUGGACAGAAUCUACGACGAGAGGAUUGCAAAACUGGAUCGAGAACUGGAACAGCUCACCGGCCCUGAACCCACACACCCAGAGUAUCUUCGCCAACUUGAAUGUGUGCGGCGUUACCGUGAUGCAAAGAUCAAAUACGAGCAGAACUUGUUCCGGUAUCGCCUUCAGUCUCUUCUGAAUAAAAGUCUGGCCGAGCGUGCCCAAAUUCACAGCACCUACUUCCAGCGGAUCCGGGAUGCCCGCGAGAAGCAUUCCUCCGCUGUGAGCAAGCAGUUCUAUGCGAUCCAGCAUGAUCGCUUUAAAACUGAAGACUUUAGCCCCCAUCAUUACAUCCCCUUUCCCACCAGACGGUCGCAGCAAAUCGCCCAGCAGCAAGCAUACAAUCAAGAGGUUUCCAUCAUGUCCGGAGUCGCCAAGUAUGUGGGGUUCCCGGCGGCGCCGCCGUUGGAGGGUGCCCGGCCAUCGGAAAUCGAAGAGGAUCUGGAGAAGAUGGGGAUCUCAUUAGAUAAUAACCGACCUUCUAUCGGGACUAGUUCUGGGAUUUCGCGGGGUGGCAUGUCGUCGGGGCUGCCUCGCAACACCGCCGACGAAGCAUUUCUAGAGCAAAACCCAUGGGCCAAUCCGCAAUAUGCGCUUCAUCAUCAACAGACACACCGCCAGCCGAGUGGGACCUCCAAUCCGGCCUCGUUCACGACUCCAGCAGCGCAGAAACGGGUGGUCGACAUUAAUGCUCCCAACGGGUCUGCAUCCACGAUUGCCGAGAAUGCCUCUGCCGCGAACUCGUCUGCCGCCAACACGCCGUACGGCACGGAACAGGAUCCGCGUUCGCACGGCACGGGGCAAUUCAACAGUGUUGAUUACGAGAUUAUGGAUCGGAAGACGGGAUUCCGGUCUCAAAGUUCGUCGCCUCUUGACGUGCGCAAACCACAGCCCACCUCGGGUCAUUUCGUCGAGGGUGGCAGGCCGAUGCCGAGCGGGCAGGAAGGCUCGCGAAAUGCGGGCUACUCUCCUCCGUCGCGAAUGGGCCUGUUCGGCGCGUCCAAGCGAGAAUCAUCGCCUCCGAUGCAACCGAAAUCUCUCAAUACGAUGCAUCCGUCUUCGGGCAUGGGCCGGAUGGUAGCGCGAUGA